AUGAUGAUUCUUCUGAAAGAAAUGAUUGGACUUCAUAUUUUUUUUCUUGUUCUAAGGCCAGCCCGGGUGUCAUCGACAUCAAGAUUCCUGAAUCCAUUUCUUGUGUGUUUCAUUGUUGUUGCUGUGAUCGUGAUUCUGGCAGUGACUAUUGGUCUACUUAUCCACUUUCUAGCUUUUGAUCAAAAAUUUUACUUUUACCAUGGCGAUGUUCACAUUUUAAAUGUUCAAUAUGGUGAUCAGUUAAAUUCACCAGCUACACAGGAAUAUAAGAUUUUGAGUAACAAAAUUGAAUCACUGCUUACUAAAACAUUCAAAGAAUCAAAUUUAAGAAAUCAGUUUGUUAGAGCUCGUGUUGUCAAACUAAGGCAAACUGAUAGUGGUGUGAUAGCAGAUAUUGUCAUGAAGUUUAAAUUCAGUAGAAAUUUCAAUGGAGCAUCAAUGAAGAGCAGAAUUGAGUCUGUCUUGAAACAAAUGCUGAAUAACUCUGGAACUUUGGAAAUAAACCCUUCAACUGAGAUAAAACCUAUUACUGAUGAGGAGACAGUAAAUAUUUUCACUCAAACAUCAUGUGGGGCUCGACCAGAUCUACUGACGUUGUCAGAGGAGAGGAUCAUUGGAGGCACCAAGGCUCAGGAAGGAGACUGGCCUUGGCAAGUGAGUCUCCGACUGAAUAACGUUCACCACUGUGGAGGCAUUCUCAUCAGUAACAGCUGGAUCCUGACAGCAGCUCAUUGUUUUAGAAGACACUCUGAUCCUCGUCAGUGGACUGCCGCCUUUGGUAUUUCUACAAGAUUUCCUAAACAGAGAAUAAGAAUACGAACAAUUCGAGUUCACAACAAUUACAUUUUUGCAACUCACGAAAAUGAUAUUGCAGCUGUGCAACUUGACAGAAGUAUUGCAUUUACCAAAAAUAUCCAUAGAGUGUGUCUCCCAGAUGCUACUCAGAAUAUUCCACCUGGUUCCACUGCAUAUGUAACAGGAUGGGGAUCAAAAAGAUACACUGGUAACACAGUCCCAGAUCUAGAACAGGCACGUGUCUACAUAAUAAGUAAUGAAGCAUGUAAUGCACCAUCUAUGUAUAACGGAGCCAUCUCACCUGGAAUGAUAUGCGCUGGAGUACCUGAAGGUGGAGUAGAUGCAUGCCAGGGUGAUUCUGGUGGUCCUCUAGUACAAGAAGAUUCACGGCGUCUUUGGUUCCUCGUGGGGAUAGUAAGCUGGGGUUAUCAAUGCGGUCUACCAGACAAGCCAGGCGUAUACACACGAGUCACAUACUACCGAGACUGGAUAGCCCGGCAAACUGGCAUCUAG